UAUAAAUACUCCAUAUUUUCUAUACAAUUUACUACACAUCUUUUCAAAAUAUUCCUACUCUCUAGAGUCUAGUCUCUAUUCUCUACUAAUCUUCUUCAUCUUUCUCAAAUUUAUAACUACAUAUAUUAAUUAUAGGCUAAAGGGUCAAAUAGGCCCAUGAACGUAUACGAAUUGCUCAAUUGGCAUCCCAAACCCAAAAAAGCUCCGAUCCAACCCACCAAACCAAAUUAAAUACUUCAAACCCCCCAUCCAACCGGUUACCUCUCGGUUGUCCCCCUUACGCCUGUGAACAGUACUGCGCACCAAGGGUUAUCACCAAGGGUCGCCGGUGCCGCCGUCGUCGUUCGCACUGCUGUGAACCCUCCGGUAAGGCCACCUGCACCAAGUGUUGCUCUCUGAAGUGCCCCAGGUCUCGCCGCUCCAUUUUCGGAGAAACGCCGCCGGCCGUAGCGAUGCUCGUGGCUCGUCGUUGGCUCCUCCAGCCGCCGCUAGAGCUGCCACACCGCUGUUCGUCAUCAGCGGCCAACCACUGACCACUCAUCCAUCUGGUCCGAUGUCGUGGGAACCCCCACCGGCUGAGAGCUCUCUAAUUUCCGCCAUUAAUGGUAGCUUGUAGUUUUUGGGGAGAUAUGGGUAACCUCCGCCGCAACCGAACAAAGGAGAUUGUGAGGAAUCAUCCAAGGUCACGCAAAGGUAAGGGAGGGCCGGGGGCUUCAUCUCAAACCUGAGACGAUUUUGAUGCGGAUUACAACCAAAGAUAUGGGGAUGCGAUGUCCGAUGAGAAACUAGAACAACUAUUGCAACAAAAUCAAGGAAGUUUUUUUCAUCAACAAGACAUCCCGCAAACCAUUGACGAAGAAGAGCGUGAGGAUGAUGAUGCGGAGGAGAGGGAUCCACGAACGAUCGAGGACGAGGUUCAUGGCACACCGGAUGAUGAGGAAGAGGAAGCGGAAGUGGCUACUUCUUCCCAAGCCGGUGGGAAAUCUGAAUAUGUCUUUAAACCAAAUUUUACAAAAGUUAAAGACCUCGAAACCGAGAUAUGGUACGUCACUUGUAAGCAUUGCAACAAAAAGUAUAACUUGGGAAUUUCUGGAGGGUACGGGAGCGCCACAAGGCAUCUUAAGGCCAAGCACCCGGCGGAAUAUGCGAAAUCGGACAAAGGCAAGGGAAGACAAACACGAAUUUCAAGGUUUGCAACUGGCCAACCCUUUGGUAAUUUCUCCUAUGAUGAUCAAAGACAUUUGACUGGUAUGUCUCAUUUAAUUGUUGAAGAAAAUUUGCCUUUUAUUUUUUCUGAAAGUCUUGUUUUAAAAGAAUAUGCUCAAGGUUCUUUAAAUCCCCCAAUUUCGAAACUAUAGUCGCAAAACAAUUAAAAAAGAAGUUAUAAGGCAAUAUGUUUUGGAAAAGCAAAAAUUACAAACGUUUUUUGCAAACUUUGAUGGACGUGUUAGUAUAUGUAGUGAUGUAUGGGAGGAUACUCAUCAUCAUUUAUAUUAUUUGGGUUUGACUGCACAUUAUAUUGAUGAUGACUGGUGUAUGCAUAAACGUGUUCUUGCUUUUCGUGAAUUUAAUGAUAGACACACCGGUGAUAAUAUUUAUAUUCUCAUUGAGCGUAUUUUAAUUGAGUAUAAUUUGAUUAAUAAGGUGUUUGCAAUUGGUUUUGAUAAUGCUACUAAUAAUAGUGCUGCUAUUCCUAGAUUGCGUGAAUUGUGUGGUUCAUCUUCUUUGAUGAGUAGGUUUUCUCGUUGUGCAUGUCAUAUUUUAAAUUAAAUUUAUGUGUAAAGGACGGCCUAGCGGCGUUGGGAGAUGUUAUAGAGGUGGUGAAGGGUGGGAUUGAACUUAUUUGGGCUAGUAAUCAACUUAAAAUGCAAUGGAGAAAUUAUUUGAAAGAAACACGUGUCAAAUAUUGUGCUUUUCCUAAAGAUUUGUCUAUUCGUUGGAAUAGUACUUAUAACUUAAUUAAGGUGCUUAUUAGAUUUAAAACCCAUUUUCCUGCUUUUUUAAAAGAAUAUGCUAACUAUAUUAUAAACCCGGCCGACAUCGACACUUGUGAAAAAGUUUUGAAUGUUUUGGUGUAUUUUAAUAAUGCAACUCAAACUUUUAGUCAUGUUUAUAAACCUACCGCAAAACAAUUUUUUGUUGAAGCUGUUAAUCUCUUCGGUGCUUUUUGUGAAUUUGCGGAUGCCGCUUACGUUAGUUAUUUUGGUGACUUCAUGAAACAAAAGUUUUUAAAAUAUUAUUCCUAUAUUCCGCAUAUAUAUAGUAUUGCAUUUAUUAUUGAUCCUCGUUUUAGACUUGCUUCUUUGGAACAAUGUUUAGAUUACUAUUAUGCUUCUUUUUUUGGUCCAUUGCCUAUGUACGACGACAAGGCUAUAGACCCAAAACAACAAUUUCAAGAGGUUAGUAAUUUAUUAUAUCAAUUAUUUAAUGAGUUUCAUGCACAAUAUGGUAACGCACCCCCUCCCCCGCCACGAACAUCUUCUUCAUCUAAAGGAAAAUCAUUUUUGAAAUCUGCAUUUGGCAAUCUUAUGAAAGAAAGUAAUUCAACUCCGGUUAAUGAACAAAGCUCGAUCAACGAGCUUUCUUUGUAUCUAACAUUUCCUGUUGAGUAUGAAGAAGGGGAUGACUUUGACGUUCUUCAGUGGUGGAAGGAAAAAGAGAGAACGUUCCCGAUCUUAUCAAAGAUGGCUUAGCAAGUGCUAGCAAUGUCCGUAUCAACAGUUUUUGUGGAACAAGAGUUUAGUGCGGCCGGCAACGUCCUAACGGAUUAUAGAACGAGAUUGAGCGCAAACUCUCUUGAGACGCUUGUUUGCUUCCACGAUUGGUUGGAGGCCAAACGUAGAACUCAAGAAAUUAGCAUUGAACCCACCCGCCACUUUAUGGAAGAAACAAUCGAAGAUGGCGGAAAUUCUGAUUGAUUCUUAUUUAUUAAAAAAUGUAUUUCAUGUUGUAAUUUUUGCUCAAUUUCCA